UAAAAGUUUGAAAUGUUAAGAGUUGGUCAGGAAUCAGAAUUGUCCCUUUUUUGGGAUUACUGUUGCAAGGCAAAAUCAGAGCAUCAUCCGUGAGCCCGUUGUGUAGAUUCCUCCUUAAGCCCAUUGUUCAGAUCUCUGCUAAAGCUAAAGUUUGAUGAAAGUAAGGGAUCAGAUCCUAGCAAACCAAUGGAACAUUUGCUGGAUUCUUUGCUUGCACCCGUCACCUAUACAGACAAGCACGUCAUUCCUGUCCUCUUCAUUGGUCUUUCUUUAUAUACUUGAUUGAAUUUGUUUGUUCAUAUUGACAAAGAUGGGUCUGGUCACCAGCAUAGCGGCAAAAGGAUUUUCAACAACACAGGUUAUUAAUAAAGCGGCAGGAAAAUUCAACGAGUUCUUCCUGGGUGAAAAUAAGAGAAAUAUUGAUAAUUUAGACGAGUUCCAUCUGGCAAUUCUCGACAUGUUUGCCACUGUGAAUGGUGCAUUGCCUGGCAAGCACUGGGUUGUGCCUUCGUUUCACGAAAUUAAGGAAUGUUUUGAGGAAAGAGAAAAGGCAGUAGAUGAAGAAAGUAAGAAGACGGUUGUGGUAGAGUUCCUGAAGAAGAAAAUACAACCAAACAAGACAGAUAAUACAUUGCUCUUCAUUGGGCUGGCAACACCCCCUGCAGCAAUGGCAGUCAAGAAAGCCGGUGAAGCGGUGCCUCAGCUCAAAAUAAUAAAACGCAUUCCAGACGUUGUGUUUGUUCCUGCUGCUACAUUGCUGACUCUUGUUUCAGUUAAGAUUACCAGAAGUUUAUUGCUCCAACGUGCAGCAUCUGAAGACCAUCUAGUUGCAAAAAAACAUAUAGGAACAUCGGAUUCAGGAUGAAAAUUUACAGUUUGUACACAAGAUUGUAUGUAUAUACAUUCC